AUGGUAGUUGAUGCGAAUGGAUCUGACGCGGAAGAACAUAAAGCGGAAGGAUAUAAGAGGGAAGACGACAGCUACUCUAUUCCUACUUCUCAGGACAUCCCUCCGACCUCUCCUCAGAAACAUAUGGCUUCAGAAGCGAGGGUGUGCGCGUUUCCGAGAUGCAGGGAGAAAGCGAUGGAGGGAAGCGAAUACUGCAUUAAACAUAAUCUGGACAUCAGGGCGCGCAUCAUACGAAGUUUCGUCAUGAGAGCACAGAGCUGGUGGGAAUCUUCUGCACAAUAG